CUGGCAGCCGGUGAGUGAGCACUCAGAGUGCGGCGAGGCAGUGUGCCCGAGAGAUCGAACUCCGUCCGCCGGGUCGCUGAGUGUGCACUCACAUGGCUAAGUGGGGGCAAGGAGACCCACGCUGGAUCGUGGAGCUCAGAUCAGACGGCACCAACGUCAAUAACUGGCACUGGACUGAGCGAGAUGCUACUGCCUGGUCCACAGAUAAACUGAAAGAUUUAUUUAUGGGGGUGAGAGUGGAGGGAGAGGAAGGUACCUGUGAGGUGACAGAGGUCAGCAAACUAGAGGGCGAAGCUUCCAUCAACAACCGGAAAGGCAAGCUGAUCUUCUUCUAUGAAUGGGACAUAAAACUGAACUGGACAGGCAUCUCCCAGACAGGCGUAAAAUACAAAGGUUACGUUGAGAUUCCAAAUCUUUCUGAUGAGAACAAUGCCAGUGAAGUAGAGAUCAGAGUUUCAAUGGCCAAAGAUGAACCAGACACCAACCUAAUUGGCCUCAUGAGAAAGCAGGGAGCACAAUGCAUACGAGACGCAGUGGCUCAGUACAUUUCUACUCUUAAAACAGAGUUCACACAAGGCAUGAUUCUUCCUACGGCGAAUGGUAUCUCAGACUCUGGGGAACAGGAGAUCGUGCAGAAGGCAGAGCCACAAACGGCGCAAACCAACAAAUCGUCAACAUGUUCGAGCACAGGGGUGAAAAUCCCCACAUGUAAGUUCACCUUGAAAGAAACUUUCCUGACCUCUCCAGAGGAGCUAUAUAGAGUGCUGACACAGGAAGAGCUGGUACAAGGCUUCACACAUGCCCCUGCAUCACUCACUGCAGACAAAGGGGGGAAGUUCCAGCUGCUUGGAGGCAAUGUCAGUGGCGAGUUUGUUGAGUUGGAGCCUGAGAAAAAGAUUGUUAUGUCUUGGAGGUUCAAGUCAUGGCCAUCAGGUCAUCAUGCAACAAUUACACUAACCUUCAAGGAUAAGGGUGGCGAGACAGAGCUUGGCAUGGAUGCUCGAGGCGUCCCUAAAAAUGAAGAAGACCUUACAAAGGAGGGCUGGAAGAGAUAUUACUUUGAUGGCAUCAAGCAGACAUUUGGAUUUGGAGCUUUGCUCUUAUAAUGGGGAUGUGGAAGAGGAAUUUUUUUGUUUUUUUUUUUAUACGCACAUCUAUAAAUAAGGAAACUAUUGUCUUGUGGACUGAAGCUUGUAUUUAAUUUGCUUGUGGGAAUUUUAACUCUGUGCGAUGAACUCUUGGCUUAGUUCACUGUGUUCACUGGCCAGAACUGAAAGGGGUGGGAAGGAGGGGGGCCUCCAAGGAAUUGUUGUUGAGCGUCAAACACUGUCACUCGCCGUGGUGUACAUUGUCCGACAAAUAAAUAACUUGUAUGCCAUUUCAAUUU